UGAUUCUGUUAAGGGAAUCAUUUUUCUUGUAUGUGUUUAUGCAGUGUCAUUGGAAAUUGGUGCAUCACUUUAAAGUCUUGCAGAAUAUACUGUUUCCUGAGUGUGUAAGAAAAAGAUUUCAUUAAAAGGAUGAAACUUCCAGGUUGGAAUCCUAAAUCCAGUCCCUUCUUCCGUUUUUUUACUACAAUGAGCUCAACAUGCUGACCUAUAAGAUAAGGAAUUAAUGGUCUUGGACCAAUCAGAAGCGUAAUGUCAUCCGCGGACCAUAGAGGGCGCCAUAGGAGUGUCGAACAGCAUUCCACCGUGUCGACAACCACCAAUAGUGAGCGGUCGCUACCGAACGACAAUGUCGGAGAAGAUGGCACACUGCCCGUGAGGCGGUUAACGGCGUAUGAAAAACUAAAUGAAGACUUGAGCAAUGAUCCCCGAGCACUCAAGGAGAUUACUCUCGGGAAGAGGAUCGCUUUCUAUCGUAUCCGGGGUGAACUGGGUAGCGGGAACUUCUCUCAGGUCAAGAUGGGUAUACAUGCUUUAACCAAAGAAAAAGUAGCAAUCAAAAUACUGGACAAGACGAAGCUUGACCAGAAGACCCAGCGUCUCCUCUCUCGUGAGAUAUCCUGCAUGGAGAAGCUCCACCAUCCUAACAUCAUCCGGCUCUAUGAGGUGAUCGAGACGUUAGCCAAGCUCCAUCUCGUCAUGGAGUACGCCGCUGGCGGCGAGCUGUUCACUAAGAUCUCCAACGAGGGUAAACUGAGCGAGGCGGAAUGUAAGCCGAUAUACGCUCAGGUCGUUGCUGCUGUGCAUCAUAUGCACUCGAGGAAUAUCAUCCACCGUGAUCUGAAAGCUGAGAAUGUCUUCUAUGCGGCCAACGGACUGGUGAAGGUUGGAGACUUUGGUUUCAGCACGACUUUCAAGCAGAGCGAAAUGCUGAACACGUUUUGUGGCUCCCCACCGUACGCCGCCCCAGAACUCUUCAAAGAUGAACACUACGUCGGGCCCCCGGUGGACAUAUGGGCCAUCGGGAUCAUGUUGUACUUCAUGGUGGCUGGAGUAAUGCCAUUCCGUGCUGACACGGUCGCCAAACUCAAGAAGUGCAUUCUGGAUGGGCAGUUCACGAUUCCGUCAUUUGUUUCCAAUCACUGUCAGGGGUUGAUACGCAGCGCCCUCAAGCACAGUGCGCCGGAGCGUAUCUCUAUCGAUGGGAUUAAGAACGCGACCUGGCUACGCAGCCAGGAGUUCCCUGCUGCGCAUCAAUCCUACCAUCUCAUCCCGUGUUUCGAUAAAGAGACAGCCACCUCCGAGGAGAAGGAGGUCCUCUCGCAGCUGAGCCAUCUCGGCGUCACGGACGAACAUUUGGAAACGACCAAGGACAGAGACGCUAGGAGUAGCAUAACGGGGACAUAUCGUAUCAUGCUUCAUCGGAUACAGAAGAAGAACACAGAACCAAUCAUAUCCACCUCCCAAGCCUCUAAUGGCCAGAACCCGCCCUCGAAGAAGAAAAGCCGAGACAGUAAAAGGAUUAAGAAUAAACCAUCCAAGCUCUGUAUUAUAUUGUAAUGAUAGAAGAAACACUUUUUUUUUUAUAUGUAUAUAUAGGGUUGUCGUGUGUGAAUAUAACAUUUUGUCUAUUUCAAGAAGUUAUCACUUAAACAAGCUUUGCGUGCGUGAUCGCUCAGGUGUGUCAUUACCUCCCGCUUAUCACCAGAGGCACUCAUGUGUGAUAAUCGCUCAAUGCAUCAGUGGAUACAGCCUCUUCUCGGGCCAAGAGUAAAUGACGGUUUUACAGCGUUACUGGGAAAGUCUUUUAUCUAUUUGGCCUUUAAGUGUUAGCUUCAGAUCCAUCUUAGUCCCAACUUGCAAUGAAUGAUUGAAAAAUUACCCAAGAUCUUAAAAUUGCCCACGAGUAGAUUAUUGGGGGCAGGGCAAUUGCUUUGUACGUGUGUACAAAAAAUAAGCACAGACUCCAUCAAAACACAUUUAGGCGAAUGAUCAUUACGUAAUUGCUUGUCACAAUUUGCACUGUUGUAUAUCCUUCUAUUAGUGAGAUUUUGGGCAUAACAAACUGAGGGAUGAAACAUGUCUGGAAUUUCAUCUUGAGAAGGCAAGGCCAUCGUUUUGGAAAGGGCACUUCCAUCGGAAAAUCUGCAAGUCAUUGUGAACACUUUUGAUGGUGCACGAAGGCCAAGACCAGGGGCAAUGGAUGCCCUUGCCUCUGUGUGAUUCCAGGUCUGAUGAAAGUUCCAAAGGGGUCACAGAUUUGUUUCUGCAUAUUGUUGCAGGGCAAAGGAUCGGAAUGCUCCAGGGUAUUUGAACUCUAGGGACUAUGCAAUUUCAACCGUGUUUUGCAUUUCAACAAAGUCCACAUAACAGAUAAAGCUGAGUUGUACUAGUCUCAAAAUGGCAGUGGUGUAAAAAAAACCAUUUGAUAUUUUAUCUUCCCUUUAACUGUGACUUCAGGACUGGCUAGCUAAGACUCUGGCUUUCACCUUGAAGCCUUGUGUACAAGUGUAUGGUUUCAAAAUGGCUACCCAAGCCUUCAGGCCCUGGGAGGCCUGUAUGCUUCAUUUUUGAAAGGGCAAAAAGGCACCAAGGCAUGUUCUCCUUGGUAAAGGGCAGCCUAU